AGGAAUCAAUAUCAUCAAACACAAAUACAUUAAGUACAUGUACUGUAUUAUAAAUGUUUAAUAGCUAGGUGAAUAAAAAAUAAAAACAUCAUUUUACAUGUUCCAGUCAUUUUAAAAUCACAUUUGAAUAAGAUGUGUUAGGUACGACAAAUUCAUCUUUCAUCUAAAAAACAACACAAAUAUCAAUUUAGUCAGAUGACAUCUUUGCUUUAUUUACAUUUAGAUUUUAAAACCAAUUAUAACGAAGUAAAGUACCGUGUAAUGGAGGUAUUGAGACUGAGAUUGCAAAAACAGAGAUGCUUGUAUAUAGAGGGAUCACUGAGGAUUAGAGCAGAUUUACAAAUGUCAUUACUGUAUCUUUUAGGAUUCUGCCCCCAUGCAAGGGAUGGACCUUUUACAAUCUUUCUAAAUUUUUCUUUUCUCACUCAUAGCAAUGUUAAUUUUCACACCUUUUUAAGAAUAAAAAAAUUAUCCAAUGAUAUAUAUUUAUGACAUACCUAACCAAACCAAAAUAUCCAUUCCUUCAAAAUCCCUUAUUAAGAUGUUUUCUGAAACGGUUAUGUCCACAAAAUCAAAUGAGUGACCCCCAGUUAACCCCCAAUGAAAUGUACUCAAGGAUUUUUAACACACAGCUUUAAUUUCCACACUCUACAUAUCAAUUUGAAUGAAAAGUCAGUUAAAAACAUGGCCGUUACAGGAAAUCUGAAAUACUACAUCCUGUUGAUGAUAAUACUGGUUUUGAUCAUCGCGUUUCUAGUAUCUACAGACAUAUCCUUCAACAUGGUGUCUGUUUUAGAUGUUGGACAGCAAAGGAAGGGAGCUGGUCAUAUUAGGAAGAAAGCCAAGGGGACUGAAAAUAUGAAACAAAAAAGGAUGGAUGCACAUGAAAACUUAAUUGCUGUACAGAAGAAGGGGGAAAGAGACAUUGAACAGAAGGAGAAUGAGGACUAUGUUGAACAACAGGAUCACAUUGCGGAAGAUGUUGAACACAAAGGGAAGGAUGAAUAUGAGGACUAUGCAAUACAUGAUAAUGAAAUAAAGAUCUCUAGAGAUGACAUCCAACCUCAGAGACCUUACAAUGAAUACAAAAAUACUAAGAUGCAGAAAUAUAGUUAUGAAGAACACAUACAAGAAUCAAAAUUUGAUAACACACAAGCACAGGACAUAGACACCCAAUACGAUCAUGACAACAUGGACAAAGACUCCAACAAUGGUAUCAAUGAUAUGAACGAGGAAUAUGAUAAUGAAUAUGAGAUUGGACCUAAAACAGAAAUUUCAAAAGUUGAAAAAACUUCAAAUGAAAUAAAUGACAAUGAGAUCACUCCAAAGAAUAAACCAAUCAAACAAAAUGUUGGAAAGGACAACAUUGAGUUAUGCGAAGUUCAACAUUUUAUAAUUAUCACACAACCAAGAUCUGGAUCAAACCUACUGGAUUCAUACAUCAAUCAACAUCCCUAUAUUACAUCAUAUAGCGAAUUGUGUCAUGACAGUAUUCUCGCUAAAUUCAAUAUGACAAAAAAGUCACCAAAAGAGGACAUUCUACAACAUAUCCUUAAUUCAUUGAAACGAGAUAUUCACAAUGGUAAUGGCUGUGCACAUCUUACGACAGGAUUUAAACUCCAUAUAUGGUCACUCGAGACUCUUUCCGUGACUGUCACAGAUAUUAUUCAAUCCUUGAAAAAUCCUAAAGUAAUUAUCUUGUAUCGAAAAAACAUGCUCGAACAAUUCAUUAGCUGGGAAGCUGCGAGUAAAAAUCACAUGUGGUGGUCAACAUUUUUGGUUAAUCAAUAUUCGUUAACACUAAAAAUCCCUAUGGUUAGAGACUUCAUCUUACGUCAGAAACAAAAUCUGAAAAGUUUGCUUUUGGAGCUUUCACGCACAGGGGUGGAAAAUAUCAUGGAGAUCACUUAUGAGGAAUUGGUUAACGACAAAAUAAAUGUUAUGAACAAGUUAUUUACAUAUUUGGGAUACGCUCCGACUGAUCGGGAAGUGGUUUCUUUUCUUGUUAAACAAAAUCCACAGCCUUUGAAGAAGAAAUUGAAAAACUACGAUGAGAUUAUGGCAUAUUUUAGUGAGUCAGAUUUAAACUUGGACAUUGAUGAUUUAGACAAUGUGUAAGUAAAAUGUCCAUUUUGAAAAACACAUUGUUUUAUAAAACAUAUAACUUGAUGGUUCAUAGCUUGAAACAAUGGUAACAGGGCUUUACACAGACAUAUGUUUCUUAAUAUGUUUGUGUGUUAAUAGAUGUUUACUUAUUUAUAAAAUAUAAAUAUCGUAAGGCUAGUGCGGGCUAAUUUUCUGGACUUCAUUUUAAACUCAUUUACUUUUUUCAGUCUUAAACAUGUCAUUAAUAGAUGUACGAGAUUUUCCAAAACACAAUAAAAAAAUCCCCAAAGGCAAUAAUCAAAUACCAAAAUGUAACCACCUGCAGUGGAUAUUUUGUAUAUUUUUCAUUACGUUGCACAUGUGUUGUGUAGAUAGGAUUUCACUCUUUUAUUAUCAGUCCAUGUUUAUAUUGAAACAAGUAACAAAUUAUAUAGAGAAAAGUUAUAAUUUACUACAUAUAGCUUAUAAGAUGUCAAU